AUUGCCUUGUUCUGUCGUAAUGUUGUGUGGUGAUUAAUUAAUUAAUUAAUUAUAGCUGAACUUUAGCGAUAAGAUUAAUAUAUGUUAUCAACGAUUUGAGUUUAUAAAAUAACGUGAUAUAUUUUAUUCGUUCACAGUUCAUUUCUCAGAAUGUCUUCGAAAGAAAGCAGCGUCGUUGGUUCAGCGAAGGAUUUUUUGAAAUUUAUUAAUAAAUCGCCGUCACCAUUUCAUGCCGUCGAAGAAUCUAAAAAAAGAUUGUUAGAGGCCGGUUUCAAAGAAUUGAACGAGGCGGAAAAAUGGAGCGUAAAGCCAGGUGAUAAAUUUUUUUUGACUAGGAAUCAUUCAACAUUGGUUGCUUUUGCUGUUGGUGGAAAGUUUCAACCUGGAAAUGGAUUUUCAAUUAUUGGUACCCACACUGACAGUCCAUGCCUCAAAAUUAAACCCACCUCAAAAAUUGUGAAAAAUGGUUACUUGCAGGUUGGUGUGCAGUUGUAUGGGGGUGGAAUUUGGCAUACAUGGUUUGAUAGAGAUUUAAAAUUAGCUGGUAGAGUACUCAUUCGAAAUUCAAAAUCACAAAUAGAGCACAAAUUGGUUGAUAUAGAUAAACCAUUAUUGCGAGUAUCUACAGUAGCCAUUCAUCUUAGUAGAGAUCAAAAUGAAAAAUUCGAAUUCAAUAAAGAAACUACACUUGUUCCUAUCCUUGCUAUGGCAACAAACAGUUCUUCAGAGAAAAAUGAUGGAAGAGAUUCACCAUCCAAGCAAACUGUUGACAAGCACCAUAAUGCUUUGCUAAAUGCAGUGGCAAAUAAACUGGGAUGCAGUGCUAAAGAUAUUAUUGAUCUUGAAUUGUGCCUGGCUGAUUAUGUUCCUGGAACCAUUGGAGGUCUGAAUGAUGAUUUUAUAUUUUGUGGACGACUGGAUAAUCUGCACAGUACUUAUUGUGCACUGCAAGGUUUGUUGGAUAGUUUGAAGGCUUCAGAUAGUCUUGAAAAGGAGCCUAACAUUAGAAUGGUCAGCAUGUUUGACAAUGAGGAGGUCGGAUCGGAAUCAGCACAAGGAGCGGCCUCUGCACUGCAAGAACAUAUUUUGAGAAGGCUGAGUUAUGAUGAUUCAAAUGCCAGUGCUUUUGAACAGUGCAUAUGCCAAAGUCUUCUGGUCAGUGCUGAUAUGGCUCAUGCUGUUCAUCCUAAUUUUUCAGAAAAACAUGAAGAGCACCACAGGCCAUUCCUCAAUAAGGGAGUUGUAUUAAAGUUUAAUGCCAAUCAGAAAUAUGCUUCAACAGCUAUCACUUCUUCGAUCAUGAGAGAGAUAGCUCACGAGGCCAGCAUUCCCAUCCAAGAUUUUGUGAUGCGCAAUGAUAUGGCUUGUGGUUCAACUAUAGGACCCAUCUUAUCUACUAGGCUGGGAAUUCCAACCUUGGAUCUGGGUUCACCUCAGUUGAGCAUGCAUUCAAUCAGGGAAAUGUGCAGCACAUCCAGUGUUCAUUUAGCCAUUUCAUUGUUCAAGGCAUAUUUUGAAAAUUAUUCGAAAAUGUAUGCGAGGAUUAUCAAGAAUUGAAGCUUGCUGAAGUAUCAUGUCAUUUUGUUGUUGUAACAAUUGUAACAUUUUUUUGAUUAAUAUUACUUUCAUUAUUAUAUUAUAUAUUUAAAUUUAAUUCAGAGACCUGUUGUGUUAAAUUCAAAUUUAUGUUUAUUAAUUGAAACAAGUA